AUGCUGCAGCCAAGUCUUUUGUCGCUGCUCAUCCACUCUCUACUCAUCUCGCUCGUCUCCACCGCCUCGCCUGUCGGGCGCAAUCGCCAGCGCGACAGCGGAACCGUCUGGGCCACGCCCCACGAUGCCUUUUCUUCUUCGAUAGGCGUCUUGGGAUGCAAGGUCAACACUAAUCGCGUCGCCUACUGGCCCAACUCGGUCGACUGCACAAACAUCUGCAUCGCCCUCACCUACCAAGACCGCACCCUCCACCUCCUCCGCAUCGACCAGUCCGAAGGCGCCUACGACGUCAGCUACGAUGCCUGGAACUACCUCUACACCGGCUACUCUGCCACCGACAAGCCCGCCGCUGGUGGCCCCGUCGAGAUGACCUACAAAGACGUUGACGCUUCCAACUGCAAGGACCUCAUCGAUACGAAGCAUGGCCACCUCCCGCUCAGCGCUGCCAACAGCAUGAACUUCCUCACCAGCUGUCUCGAGCAGAACAAUACCUGGGUCGGCCAGAACUACGUCCUCUACAACAUCCUCGAUUCUCUGUGUACUCUCGGUCGCGACGAAACGUGCGACCUCGACUACCCGAACGCGAACCAAGCUGCCUGCCCACACCAGCUCGGACUCCCAGACAAGCUCGAAAACAUGCCCGUAUACAACAUCAGAUAUCCGAGCGGUGAAAAAGUGAGCGCGUCGGACGGGCAGCCAGCACCAACAGAUGACGAAGAGGAUCUCGGAACCAGUCUCUCCCAACCGAGCGGGAAGACGUUGGCGUUGGUCAUUUUGCUUACAACCUGCCUUGCCUUUGGGGUCUAG